AAAUAAAAAGUUUGGAAUAUAAGAAGAAGAUAAAAAAGUGAGUUUCGACGACAGAGAUCGAAUAUGGUGCUCGAAUUUAAGAUAUUUCUUUGCAGCGCCGUAAAAAAAGUAUCAUAUUUAUGGGUCUAAAGUCAUUGUUAUCGCAUUUAAAAUUUUUGAGAACUCCAACAUUCGUGUACGUGUCACAUUCACUUGUUAAAAAAAAACUAAACGUAAAUAUUUUUGAGAAAUGGAAAGAAGAAGAUCAAUAUCCACGAAAAAGUCUUUUAUAUCUCGCUAUGUGCUCAAUUUGCAGUUUUUAUUGAUGGCCUUUUUGUGUGUCCUUAUAAUUAUUGGAGUAGUGUAUUUCACCUCCGGCAAGGAGGCACAAAGUGAAAAUUCAAAUAAUAAAACUCAAAAUAAGCCUGUCUACGUAAAUACCAGCCCGUUAAAACCAUCCAAAUGGGACGAUAAUGAAGAAAUCAACAUUUUUCGAGAAUAUUUACGAAUCCCAAGCGUGCAUCCAAACGUUGACUACGAACCAUGUGUGGAAUUCUUAAAACAACAAGCGGCCAGUUUAAAUCUUCCGAUCGCCAUUUAUUAUCCGGUUGAUGACCAAAAUCCAGUAGUUGUGAUUACAUGGAAAGGCUCACAGCCAGAAUUGCCAGCAAUCAUGUUGAAUUCACACAUGGAUGUGGUUCCUGUUUACGUAGAAUACUGGACGCAUCCACCAUUUGGUGCUGAUAUCGAUGAUAAUGAUGACAUUUUCGCUCGUGGCACUCAAGACAUGAAAUCCGUUGGAAUGCAAUACUUGGCUGCAAUUCGAUCAUUGCAACGGGAUGGUGUAGAUCGCCUAAAACGAACAGUACACAUCGUGUACGUCCCCGAUGAGGAAGUCGGUGGUAAACGUGGAAUGGUCGAAUUUGUCAAGUCAGUUGCAUUCAAAUCACUAAACGUGACCUUUGUAUUGGACGAAGGCAGUGUUGCAAUCAACGACGAAGGAGUUAUGCCAGUCUAUCAUGCAGAACGAACCAUUUGGCAAUUAGAAUUUAUAUUCCAUGGACAAUCUGGACAUGGAUCCAAAUUACUUAAUUAUACCCCCGGUGAAAAGUUUAACCUUGUCUUGCGAAAGUUUAUGGAAUUCCGUGCGGAGGAAAGUAGAAAAUUGAAUGAAUUGAACUAUCCUUAUGGAAAUGUAACAACGAUCAAUUUGACAAAAGUAAAAGGUGGCGUCGAAAAUAAUGUCAUACCAGCUGAAAUGAGCGCGACCUUUGAUAUUCGCAUUGCCGUCGACACUGAUCUGGAUGAAUUUAAUAGAAUGAUCAAUGGUUGGUGUACAGAAGCGGGGGGUGAUAUAACAAUUAAGGCUCUAAAUAAAGGUGAAAAAGAAAAAGUUACUCCAGUUGAUGAUUCAAAUCCAUUUUGGUCGGCUUUCAAAAGUUCCACGGAAGAAUCUGGCAUAAAAAUUCAACCAAUGGUAUUGUGGGCUUCGUCAGACAUGAGAUACAUUCGACGAUAUAAUAUACCCGCUUUUGGAUUUUCACCACUGAUGAAUACAGUGGCGAAACUACACGAUCACAAUGAGUACAUCAAUGUGAUGACUUACUUGAAUGGAAUCAAUGUUUAUAAGAAAAUUAUUCCAAGUUUGGCAAAUGUUUAACGCAACCAACAAUACACUUUAAAUUUAACAUAAACGAGACACAUAUUUUAUCUAACACUUUUAAAAUGUAUACUGAUCCGUCGAAUGAAAAUGCUUCCUGGUAUUGAUUUCUCAAGAUA